UUUUCACUUGUUCUUUUCUUCUUCGCCAAAAUCACGGUACACUCCACAGACCUAAAUUGAGAUUCCUGUAUCCAUCAUAACAAUGGCGUUGAGACUGGGGAUGCUAAAAGCCGGCGGCGGCAAUAAUGGAUGCACGUUAGGGCUCUUGAGAUGGAUUCACGCAGCAGCCAUUUCACCUCCGUUGGAUUGUUCGCUCCACCGCACGAUCGCACCUCCACUUAUGGUUUUGCCGGAGUUCGAUCAAACCCCAGAUAAUAGCAGUAGAAACUAUAAUAAAAACUUAGAAUUUGGGUUCCGGAGUUUCUCUUUUGGUGGAUCCAUGGAACUGAUGGCCGUUCCAAAAAGGAAGGUUUCUCCCCACAAGAGAGGCAUACGAAACGGACCAAAGGCUUUGAAACCAAUUCCAGUGAUUAUCCGUUGCAGGAGUUGUGGUAAGGUUAAGCUGCCACACUUCUACUGUUGCAGUGGAGACACAGGGAAGACUGGCGAGCAAAAUAAUUAAGCAAACAUCUUUUAGUCAUCUGGCAGCUAAGAUUAGUGAACUAAGAGCUCGAUAUGUAGAUUUUCCUAUUCAUGUUUGCAACUUCAUGGAAUAGGAAAAUUUGAAUUGAUACACAGUUAUUUGUAUUGCAUUAUGCUAGAUUUUGCUCGCGCCUUUUGUUAAUAAUUUUCUCUAUUUCUGUUGAAGAUAGUUGCCUGUUGGAGCGGUAUUUAUGGUAUCUCUUGGUAUUUUUCAUGAA